UUAAGACCGCACCGCAGCUUGACGAGGGAAAUCAAGAUGGAGGGAGAGAAGCGGCUGAAGAGAGAGGAAGAGAUCGUGGAGAUCGCUUUGGCUGCAGCUGCAACUGCGCUCUUCGUUUCAGGACUCAAGAAGCUUCUACCUUGUGUGCUACACCAAUGGCCUUUGGCUCUCCUAGUGGCUCCACCCCCAUUUCUCUUGCUGCUCUUAAACCUUAUUAUCGCGUCCAUUGUGGUAAUCUCCAUCCAGCCUAAUCUGGGGAGAAGGCGAGGGAGAAAGACGAAGAAAAAGAGCGGUGGUAGGGGAUCCAAGAGCUCGAGCUAUGCGGCUUCGGUGGGGGUGGGGGAGGAGGAGGAGAAGCAGAAAGGAGGCUUCGAACCGCAAGAAGAAGGAGAUGCCGAGGAGCUGAAUGCACGAGCCGAGGCGUUCAUCAUGGCUUUUCGAAGACAACUUCGGCUGGAUUCCUUCUCAUCCGGCGUUCGCCGAACCAAGGUGGAGGCGCCGCCCCGUUGACGUGGCUAUGGGGGGUUUGCUGUUUGGAGUUCGAGAUGGAACUCGAAGAGCUUCCAGUUUGCUUAAUUCAUGUUCUUAUGGCAGUGCAUGUUGGUGUUAAUCUGAGAUUGAGUUAAUUAAGCAUGUCCAGAGCCAUUGAUGG